UUUUCAACAUGGCGGUAUCAACACCUGCUGCAUUGUUCAGCCCACCAUCACAUCCACCACAACCACAUGCAGCGUCAAAAUCCGACGCCAAUCCUCAUCCUUCAGACUAUUAUCGCCCGUGGUCCCCAUGGGCAGAACACUUUUACGUGUCGACUCAUCCAUUCUGGCAUCGCCUCGAUGGUCAAUAUCAUUCCGCUCUUGCACCAGAGUUCCCACCACUAGAUAUUGAAUAUGAGUCUUUUGGCCCUGAACCUCCCCCAACCGAAAUGGCAGGGAGUUCCUCAGUGGGGAGGAGAUAAGCGGUGGCAUGACUUUAUCCAAGGGAGAAUCACCGUCAACGAAAAUUCCUGGCUCAAUCUUUUUGCAAAGCCCAGGUGGUAUGAUCUGAGGCCUGCAAAGGCGCAUGCUCGUGCCACUGAUACUAUUCGAUACCCUUUUCCACAAAUGGAGGAGCACGACACGCCAUGGUGGACCGUUGACAACCCAAUCAUAUGGGAGCAGGUCAGCAUAUCUAUUGAAUUGGCCAACAGGAUCCUCCUGCGCCUCUGCCAAGAAAGAAAUCCUUGGAUCAAUACGCUUCUAUUCGCAAAAAGUCUCACCUGGGCGGGGUUUGACAUGGACGUCUGUAAUAUAUGGUCAACAUAACCAGAUUACAAUCCAAGGCUAAUGGACGCCGCCCAAACACCUCUUCGCUCAGCGGAGGAGAUCGUCGAGCGGCUGGUUGACCUUAACAUUCCGACUGUUUGGGGCUUCUGUGACGAAGCUGGAACUUUUACCCCAUUCCAAACUUUGGGUGUGACAGGCUCGAUGAGAGCGCCUAAUACGAG